UAAAGGCCUCUUUCCUUUCGCCUUACGCCAAGGGUAAGGGGUGUGCUUAGGCGGAAAAAAGUCUACGUUUGCUUAAAGCUUUCUUAUUGAAAGUAUAUACUGUUAUCUUUUUACCCUUCUUUUCAUCUACUUUUUCCACUGCAACAACUUACGCUUCUCAUAUCAAAACAAGAUGCUUCCCACAGUGACUGGAACAGGGGCACUGCCCUUUGCCAUUCAGCUGAAGGCUCUGACUGACCAGGAGUUCAGAUACCAGCCCAAGCUGAGUGGACUGAGGAUCAUUGAGAUGGCCCACGACAACGGGCUCCGGAUGACCGUGCGGCUCAGGGAGUAUGAGGUGAAGGACCUCCUGUCUCUGACCAGGUUCUUUGGCUUCAGCGCGGAGACCUUCUCUCUGGCCGUCAACCUGCUUGACCGUUUUCUUGCUGUCAUGAAGAUUCAACCGAAGCACCUUUCGUGCGUGGGCCUGUGCUGUUUUUACAUUGCUGUGAAGACCUCAGAAGAGGAGAAGAAUGUUCCCAUGGCCAAUGAGCUUAUUCGGAUCAGCCAGAACCGCUUCACCGUGUCUGACAUGAUGAGGAUGGAGAAGAUCAUUCUGGAGAAGCUCUACUGGAAGGUUAAGGCCCCGACGGCCCUCCACUUCCUCAGGCUGUUCUACAGCCACAUUCAGGACACGCUGGAAGAUGACUGCAAGGAGAUACUAAACAUUGAGAGACUAGAAGCCCAACUGAAAGCCUGUCAUUGCUCUUUCACCUUCUCUAAAGUCAAGCCGUCCCUGCUUGCCUUGUCCUUGUUGGCCUUGGAGCUCCAGGAGCAACAUGACCACGAGCACGUAGACAAGCUGCUUGACGCCUUCCACCAUCUCCAGCAACAACUCACCAUUAGAGAAGGGGACCUGGUUAUGGUGAGGGAACUGGUUAUGAAGUGCUUGCUUGAGUAUUCAUCCACCAGGGUCUCCAAGCCCAACAGCCAGAGGCUCCGUUGGAUCAUCUCCGGGAGAACACAGCGCACGUUGAAACACAGCUACUACAAAAUCACCCAUAUGCCCACAAUCCCAGAGUCCACUUACUAAUUCUCUGGGGUGGGUGACCAUGUGCACAAAAAGUUUUAGAACUUUAGCAUGUUUGUGUUUUAGUUUAAUGGAAAAAGUACCCCCCGCCCACCCUGCUAAAUAAAGAACAUCCUCUGCUUUUUGCUACAUGGUCACCCACUGCCACUUACCCACUGCCCUUAAAGAACUGCAUUAUGGAUGAUGCAGUUCUUUAAGGGGAAAAGUUCAAAACAAAUAUUUUCUUUACCCUUUCCUGUCACUGUACUUUUUGAAUAAGCUCACUAUUUAUUAGCCUUAGUCAUUGUCAUUGACUACGAGUGCGUCCCAAUGGCAUUCUAUUCCCUACAAAGUGCACUACUUUGAGGGACUGAAGUGCUAUUUGGGAGUCGAGUGGUUUUAUCUGCUCCCAUCUAGCGAAGGUAGUCUCCUUCCUGGUUGGAUUGCUUGCACAAGUGUACAGUAUGUUCUUAUUUGAAUCAGUACCAACAUGAAUACUCUUGCAUAGUAUUCUAUCGUGGUUGCUGGUUGCUAGUUUUAAGCAAUGAAGUAUAGAACCACCUAGGUCCUCAGUCCACUAUGUGGAAGAGGAGGGAGAAGGGUUUUGUGAAAAUGCAUAACAAUGGAACCAAGAAAUCGGGCCCAAAACCCUUAACUUCCACCCUAGGUUGAUAACUGUCCUAAAAAUGCACACUCCUAUACCCAAGGUGAAAAUGUUCCUUUAACUUUUUUUUUUUUAAAUACCUGAGGACGUUUGUUAAGGCUUUUCUCAGUGAAGUGAUGAAACUAGCGAUGAUCCAAAACAUGUAUUGGUUUUUUGCUUACAGGAUAGCAUGCUCUUUGAGCUGAAACUGGCUAUGACUGAAAUGUAUGUUGCACAGCUCCAUUUUGGAAACAUCCACUAUCUAACGUAAUGUUGAUUGCUAACAAUGGUUACAGAUAAAUAUGAUCCAAAUUACACUAAAUUUUUAUUAUCUUGAUUUGUGACACCUCAAGCCCCUACAAAACUAACACUCAAGUCAUAUUGUGUUUAAAUGCACUAUUAGAUUAGCACAGUGUUAUAGGAAAUGAAGUUACUGUUUGAUUUGCAUUUACUAGAAUAUUUGACUGUGCUGAGGCUAGCUCCCUAAUCUGAUUUAAAAACAAAAAUAUUCAAAUGUAGCCUCAAUGUUGGAAGUAAAUCUGUUAUUACCAAGGUGUUUGGACCUUUCAAUAAAACAUUAUUGAAAAGCUG